AUGCAAAAAGGCCGUUGUCUCCCUGAGCUUCAGAGUGGCCGGCGAGUCUGUGAGCCUUUUCAGCUGAGCGAUGAUGAUGUCGCCGGUCCUCUUGUUGAUCUUCCGUAUGGCGCAGCUCCAGCGGCGCACAUUCUGCACCGUUCGCACGCUGCAUUCCUCCAGAAUCUGGUACCUCUCAAUGUCCUCUUUCUCGUUGGGCCCGAGCUUCGGCAACGUGCCACUUUCCCUUACCAACGGCAGGAGCCAGUCGAAGAUGUAAUGCUGCAGUUGCUUCUUGGCGUCGCAAACUACCGCGCCGUAGCAUAUAAGGUCAACCGAUUCAGUGCACAUCCACUUGAACAGGAGCAACGGGUAGUCGGUGUCGUCCGUGAGCGGGAACGGCGUGGUCGGUGUGCUGCACAGGGACAGUGGCGCGCCCACGAUGAGCACGACCAGGUCUGGCGUCUUGGGGUUGACCUGCUUCUUCGUGCCUUCAACGUAUUGCGAUAG